AUUAUUAUGUGUGCAUGUGAUUCGAUUGUUGCAUGCAUAAUCACAUUUACCGCGACCAAUGCUUGCUACACGUUGGCCAAAAGUUCGUCUUUAUUUCUUACGUUAAGUGAAACACAACUGGAUGAUGAUAUCAGCUUUUUUAGAUUUUUGUAUUGGUAACUUUGAUUAAAAUUGUCCUGACGAUCCAUUCACCAUGUAUGACCGAGCACCACGAACCUUGACCAAACCCCAAGAAAGCACAGCAGCUACUGUCGGGCCUGGCAGCUAUGAACCUGAAGCCCCAGCACCUUCAAAAAUUAAAGCAGAUGGCUACGCACCCUUUUCCUCCAUGACAACGCGCGAGACGUUCUUGGUUGUUCACGACAGCGUCAUCGCCGCACCAGGCCCCGGCCAUUACGACCACAUCAACGACAUGCGCAUCACGGGCGGCCAAUCGCUGGCCAACAGGUCCACACGGUUUGAGGCACCAGUCUCCAAGACGCCUGGCCCAGGGACCUAUAACCUGUCCAAGAAAGGAGACUGGAUUAAGAAGAUGGGGGUGCAGACUCAAGAUAGAGAGGCCGAAAAAUCUGGAUCCUUGAUGACAAGUCGGAUUCGAUAUUCGCGCAAGCCCCAAGCGCCCUCUAUUCCCACGCCAGGCCAAGCCUAUGGAUAUGAGGAACAUGAAGACGGGACACUGAAGAAACAAGAACCUCCACAGAAAGAUGAAACCAGAGGGCCAGCAUACUACGCCCCAUCACACAAUGACACGAAGACAACGACCAAAUACAAAGGGGUUCACUUUGGCAACCUGACCUCAGGGCGGAUGGACUUCAACGGUCGUGGAGGGCCUGGCCCCGGCGAAUACGACCCUUUCGUUCCAGCCGAAAAGGACCUGGAGCUUUUGAAUGCAUCGGGGCCGACAAGACAAACGUCCAGAGUAUUUGAGUCCAAACUGCCAAGAUAUCAUGAAGUCAUUGUUCAUCAAGAGGAGAAAAAGGCUGUUCCAGGACCAGGCAAGUACGAAAUCAACAGUCAGUUUGACAAGAGACCGCAGGCCGUAAAUACUGAGGGAAUGGAGGUGGACCAUCCGCCAUUUAUGUCGCAAUCCAAGCGCUUUCAUGACCAGAAGCACAGCGCACCAGCUCCGGGUACCUACAACGAUCCAAGGCAUGCUCUGGAAGCACUCAAGAAGAUCCGAGGUUUGAAGAGAAGUCCGUUUGGCCAAACAGCCGUACGGUUCCAGCCCCAGCCCCACAUCCAGAAAACGCCAGGUCCUGGAUCCUACACUUUCAACGGGAUUGCCAACGACAGUUUGCGCAAGGCCUACAUCGAGAGCACGAGACGGGGAGCCUUCGGCUCGACCUCCGUACGCAUCAAACCCAUCACAAAACGGGAGGACACGGCCCAGCCAGGCCCGGCCCACUACCAGCCCAAGAGCCGGCCACAGUACAGCCGAUACUCGCAGAACGUCACCGCUAACUUUGCCUCACAGACGGAGAGGCUUCACUCACCCCCGCCAACUAUCAAGGAAAAUCCACCACCAGGUAGCUAUGAGGUCAGCGCAUCUUACGACCUCAGCCAUGGCAAGAAAGCUCCGGCACCUCCCAGGACUGAGGCUGGAAGGCGUAAGAAGGGUUCAUUCCUGUCCUCAUCCACUCGCUUCGCUCCUCCUAGAGACAUCCUUCUUGAGAAACCGGAGCCCCUCAAUCCAGGUCCUGGUACUUACAACCCAUCCCCUAAGGAAGAACCUAAGAAUGGACUGAUGGUGACAAGAGACAAACGCUUCAAGGAAAAGAGAAAUGAAUACCCAGGGCCUGGCGCUUACGAGUUGAGCCCCCUAUUACAGGACACAGUACUGAAAGGAACCUUCAAUGCAACCCUUAACAACCCGGUGGCCCCACACGCAGAGAUUUCAAGGGCUAAUUCUGUCAUGCAGAAACAAGCGUUCGUGCUAGGUGUCUAAAUACUGGCGCUGUAUGUUC